UCGAUGUCAUCGAUUAUUGAUGCCCUGGUCCCUAAGGACUCCAUGCUUUCCCCUCUUUCUCCACAAAUUACAUUAGAUUCUAGAAAAGGGGCUUAUGCUCGACACCCUGUUAGACCAAAAAGGAUUUACCCCAUUUUGUAUAAGGAGUUGUCAGAUGAACCCCUCGAUCCUGCCUCGGAGGCAGAAUUGGAUGAGGAAGCCUUUAAAUAUGAACAAGACUGGUAUGGUCCUGGGCCUGGUGCCUAUCUUACCAUCGAGCCCUUCAAUUUCCCUCCUCCUUACUUUUGCCCCAUUCUCCCUACCGCUCAUCCCAUAUUGCUGACUUCUCUGCCCGUUUAGCGAUUACUUCAAACUAAGGGAGAACUCGGACUCAGAUUACCAAUCUUAAAGAUGUUCUAGGGCUUCAAAAGGAGCUACAAGAUCUUAGUCUAGAGACUCAGAAUCUACAAAGAGCCCUCAUGAGAGACCUUCAAUGUUCCAUCCCAAAAACCCCUCAAACUGGCCGCAAGGGUCUCUCUCAGAAACAAGGGAAUGAAAAAUUGACCUUUUCUGUCCUCACCCGAUCUUGAGCUUGUCAGGCUGCUCCAGGUCAUGAGGAUCCCCCCAACUGGCUCCUCCGAAAAAGAUCAGGGGGAAACAGAGAGUGAUGAUGAUGAGGAUCAAGCAAACUCUGAUUCCGAUGAGGGUGGCAUGUCCCCUGAUGAAGGGUUGGACACCAACAGCCAACCAGUCUACAAAAAUCUAAAACUGAGACAUGUAAAAGAUCUUCAUUCAGCAGUCAAAAAUUAUGGGGUUAAUGCCCUGUUCACAGUAUCUAUAUUAGAAGGUUUAACAGGAGAAGGCAACUUGAUACCCAAUGAAUUGAAUAAAGUUGUUCAGUCUGUCCUCACUAGAGGCCAAUAUUUAACGUGGAAGUCAGAGUUUGUGGACAGAGGAGAAAAUUUGGCUGCAAAUAAUAGAAAGAAUCCUAGUAGUAAGACAGCCUCAUGGACUGCUGAUAAAAUCUGUGGUAAAGGCAAUUUCACUGCAGACAUAAAACAAUUAGGGCUCUCCCCUGGUGUCCUUGCCCAGACAGCACAGGUGGCCCUGGGAGCUUGGCGUGCUGUCCCUGCUGCAGGGGCGCUGACUACGCCCCUAACCAAGAUUAUACAAGGGCCCUAAGAGUCCUCUGCGCAGUUCGUUGCCAGAUUGCAGGAAGCAGCUGAGAGAAUUUUGGGACCUGAGGAAAGUGAGGGUCUGUUGGUCUGACAACUUGCUCUUGAAAACGCCAAUUCAGCAUGUAGGGCUGCCCUGAGCAGUAAAACCAAGAGUUUACAUAUAAAUGGUAUGAUCAAGCUUUGUAAUGAGGUAGAUGUGUUUUCUCAACAAGUUUCUAAGUCUAUUAACCUGGCCAUUGGGGCUGCU